ACCGCUUUCACAUUUCAACAACUCUUCGAGUUAAUCUACAAACUUCAGACGGAUUGGACACCUGCUUGUUUGCUUUGCAUUUCAACACGCUUCAAUGGCCGACAGAGGCUAUUGUAAUUAUGAUUAUUACGAUAUUCUCUAUGUCUCUUAUUCAGCCCUUAAUAGCCACAGGCUUCCAGAGCUACCUGUGAAGAAGCUUCUCCCCUCCUCCAGCCAAAAAUGAACUUCCGGACACCGCGACUACGUCGUCCCUCUCUCCUUCACUCUCCUCCCCUUCCCAAAGCAAACACCGAUUACUCAGUAUGAAUCAUGCAAGCGCACUUGAUUGAUUCCAACCGACCGUCCCACCACGCAUGUUCAUUUAACGGAUAUCCGAACGUCUUCAUGCCACUUUCGGUUCUUGUGGCGGUCUGGGGAUUUUCUUUCUGAGAGGUCGACGGUGGUUGGUUGUGUGUCCUGAAUGUCCGAUUGUACUUUCGCCGGGUGACAAAGGACAAAGGAACAAACUGGGAACCCGAAAGACGCGGGUUUGCAAGAUGGAAAAUGUCCUAUCUCUUAUACUAUUGUUUUUAUCGAUUGGUGUGUCCAACGCCAGGGUGGUGUCUGUUUCCCCCGGCCCUCUGCUCCGUGUGGAGGGCCAGCCAGUGUCGCUGCGCUGUGAUGUCACUGACUACGAGGGGCCCAGGGAGCAGGAUUUCGAGUGGACUAUGACCGUGGCAUCGAAGACCAUCCCAGUCAUCUCCACAUUUGACCCCAAGUACUCGGACUCGUCACUAAGCGACCGGGUUACGAGCGGCGACCUGGCUGUGGUCCGACUUGGGGACAGCUCAGUGGAGCUGAAGAUACAGAAAGUGAGGUCAUCAGACAGCGCCACAUACACCUGCAGUACGCCCAGUACGGACUCUGUCAUCACCGGCAACUACAAAGCUGACGUGACGCUCAAAGUAAUUGCUGACACACUGAAGGUAACCACGGUGACCCCAGAGCCCAUUGUCCCAGAGGGCGGUGACAUCACCCUCUUCUGCAACAUCUCCCGCCAGUUCACCGAUCCCACCUACCUGUCCGUCACCUGGUCGCUAAAUAAAACUGGUGUCUCUUCGGCGGACAUCCUGAGUUUUGGCCCUGAUGGGGGUGUCGUCACCGCGAGUAGCUACGCCCAGCGAUAUGCCGAGGGAGGGCUUCGAUUGGCUGUUCGUGGAGACGGGUCGUUUGGAUUGGUUAUUACCAGGGUGACGCAGGGCGACGCGGGGACAUACAUGUGCACGGGGAAGGAGUGGACUCACGAGGCGGGGGGGCGGUGGAAGAGCAUCUUGGGGAAGACUGUGAAGAUGGGAGCUGUGGCCGUCACACCUACAGCUCAGUCUCUGUCUGUGGAGGCCCGGUCCAACACCACCCUCAACAUGGACGACACCCUGACCCUCACCUGCCUGGUCGCCGUCGCCAACCUGGCCUCCGUGGCCCUGGAGGUCAACUGGCUAAUGAACGGGGGCUCUGUGGUCAGCCUGGGUCGCGACGGGGUGGUCGUUGAUGGCUCCCCCUUGGUGGGGCUGGAGCGGGCGGGACCGGGGGACUUCAGACUGGUGGUGAGGGGGGUACGGAAAGCAAACGAGGGCGAGUACUCUUGCAGGGUCCGGGCCUGGAUCAGCCGAGGAGGACCGGGGGGCGGGUGGUAUCAGGCUGCAGAGAAGACCUCCAACCCAGUCCAGGUUCUGGUAACACGGAUCGAGCCUAGUUUCACCAUGACCGUUAAGCUGUCGUCGACCCCCAAGGUCACGGGCGACCCCGCAGAGCUGGCCUGUCUAGUGAGCAACAUCACGCAUCUCCCUGCGGGGGGGCGCCUGGGCGUGUCCUGGGAGUACACACCGCUUCCUGUUCCACCCGGCGACCGGCCGACAACCACACCAAACAAGCUCCCCAUUGGUUCCCUGGACGCCCAAGGCAACCUGAAGCCGGAGCUGCCUUAUCAGGACAGGCUGGCGUCUGGCGCCAUCACCCUGACCCGAGUAGAGCCGGAUACAUUCAAGCUCCGCUUCUUACGCGUACAGGAGAGUGACAAGGGGGAGUACUCAUGCAGCGUGACGACGUGGAGCCCUUCUACUCAGGGUGACAUGGAGAACUCGGCACAGAAAAUCUCCACUGCUGUCCCAGUCCAGUGGGACUCCAAACGUCCGUCUCUGACCGCGGUGGCGAAGCGCGUUCGCGAGGCGACGGCGGGCGGAGCCACCUUUGAGAUGAGCUGCACCGUAUCGCAGGAGAACCUGCAGGACCCAGGCUACUCUGUGCUGGUCCAGACCCAGGAGAAGGUGGACGUGGUCCCCCGAACCGUGAUGUCCCUCAGCCCCGACUCUGUCCUGCAGCACGGCGCCGGGACAGACCCUAAACGCAGGGACAGUCUGGUCCUGACUAAGACCGGCCCGGCUGAGUUCAACUUUCGUCUAGCUGGCGUGCAGCUGUCGGACCGAGGCUUUUACUGGUGUAGCCUCACAUCCUGGACCAAACAGCCAGGCCAGGCCUGGACCAAAGCUGCCAGCGCCCAGUCCAACAAAGUCCAGGUCAACUUCCAGGAGACUGGCCCCUCAUUCUCCGUGGCCAUCCACUCUGACACCACCACCCUGUAUCCCUGGGAGACCGCCAAGUUGGAUUGUGCUCUGAGCGUGUCUGGUGCCUCUCCCAAGACCGAGGACCUGGCCUACGAGGUGCGUUGGUACCAGACCCCGCUGAGAGGGGGAGACGAGGGCACCCUGCUGGCCAGCGUGGACCGAUUCGGCCUGAUCCGGAAACAGACGAGGAAUGGAAGCAGCGACGUUUCCCUGGAGCGUUCCGACGCCCACACCUACGCCCUGAACAUCCACGCCACGCAGGACAGCGACAGCGGCGAGUACCACUGCCGGGCCACGCCCUGGUACGUCUCCGCCUCCACGGGCGUCUGGACCCAGGGGGCGGAGCUCACGUCGGACAGGUUGUUCCUCGCCGUACACUUCGCGAUGUGGGACUCUCUAAAGCUUCCUCUGCUGUAUGGGGCGGUGGCCUCCGUGUCCGUGGGCCUCUUCUCUCUCCUCCUGGGCUUGGUCUGUGCUCACUGCUGUUGCCGUAACACCACGCACACCCCAAGGUCACGCAACAAACUCAUGGACCUGGAGAUGGAUUGACUAGCACAGGCCCGGUGGAGCGACCAGAGCCUGUCCGGCUGACGGGCCGGGAUCGAGCGCCACGAAGCCACGCCGGGCCUGUUACCACGGCAACGACAGCCAAGAGACCAGUCACAAUGUUCAAGAGCACGGUGUGGAACUUUUUGAAUGCAACAAUGGGAGAGCAUGAAGAGGGACAAUAGGAAAUGUGCUAUGAAGCUGUAGAAAAAGACCACUGAACCGAUAAGGAGUUGAUCUAGUCUGCCUGUGUGAACGUAUUGAUGUGAGAUAUUGCACUAAAAAUCCCUGGAGUAUACCUUCCUUAGAGAGGACUUUGACAUCUGUUUUUUAAACAACAACACUCUGUUUUUAAAGCUUUGUGCGUGUGUGUGUACACUUGUGUGGGGGACCCACCUGAGGCUGGAAAAGAGAGACACUUCAACGGUUUUGUCCUGUAACGACAUCCUGGUGUGACGUCGUUUGACGGUGACCCAAGUUCCCUUGGCGCACGUUGAUGACAUCAGUGACUCUCCUGUUGAAAGAAAGAUUGUGGACCCAUACCUCACCUGCAUUACCCAUCUCUCCCCCCGCUACACUUACUCUGGUGCUACCCCCACUGUGAAUGACUUGUGUGUAAUGUUGAGCAAGGGCUAAAAUGGGUCAGGGUAUGGACAAAGGUUGGAGAAGAGAGGAUAUUAUUUUGGUUGUGAGUGAGAUGAGUGGCAUAGGUUUGACUAAAACACUAGCUCGGAGAGCCAUUUUUACAUGUGCGUAGUAUUGAGUACAUUUAGUUUUAGACAGUACUGAAGGAGAAUCCUUCACACACUUCCUAUCCGUCAUCUACACUGCUCUAAUCAUCUACACACAUCCAGGCAAAAAUAUAAUAAUUGCAGCCUACUGGUUUCAUUCUCAUCAGUGGAGAUAAAAGGGACAAUGUGAGGAAACCACCCUAAACUGAGAGAUCAAGACCCAUUCAUGAAAUGAGUCUCAAGUCAGAUGCCAUUUCAGGAGAGCGUGGUCUCUACAGGGGUGCUACUGUCCUGUGACGGCUUUUUCCACAGCUCCCACAGAAAGCCGGUGUCCAUAGAAAUGCCUGUCCUGUAUUUGCAUGCGGCUGGGGUCACUCAGGGCUAUUGUUGUGUCCCUGGGGCUAAUGGUUGGCCCAGCAGUAUUUGGUCCAGCAACAAAGACCUGCCCUGCCAUCCAUACCCCCUACUAAUAACCCAGACUUAAAAGGCCUGUAUCUGAUUAUACACUACCACCUCGGAAAGAAUAUCCUGUCUGCACAAAUGCACACAGACUCGAUGGUGUGACAUGCAAUUGCAAGCAAACAAACACUUAACCCUUAGAAACACACACUACUUGAAUAUGGCUCCCACCCCGAUGCCAUGUACACUAAAAAUAUAUAUAUAUAUUUUUUGUCCUCGUACACGAAUAUACAAACCUACACGGUCUUGUUCACUAACUCUGCCAGAGAUACCAUGUGCAAAUGCUCCUUUUCAGAGGCACCAGCUGUGUCUACUCUGGCCAAGUACCAUCUGAGACUUUGGCUCUGGGAACUGGCCUGGUUUGACUCACUAGUGUCCCCGGGACAGGAGCGGCUGUGUACCAAUCAAUAAACCAGAGCCCCGUCAAACGACUUGGAUGCAUCCUAGCUUAAUCCUUCCUUGAGCAGUCGAUAAUCUGACAACUGGGUUGGUGAAAGAUUUGGUUUACAGCCUCCGUACAUCAGGAUGACAAACGCGUUACCUCAAGGAAGGAGAUAUCCAUCUUGCCGUGUUCCUAAUAAGGCCUCGUGCUUCAUUCAUUUAUCCAGAUCCUUAUUCAGUUUUCUCACAGUAGCACGUCUUCCUCCUGGGGCUGAUGCUGUGGAGGCAGAUAUCUCCCAACCACUGACCCGGCUGUGUCCAACAGUGUAAUGAUUUCCAGUAGGAAACGCUGAGGCUGCCUCAAACACUGGGUUCCCUUAUCCAGAACCUUUAUUUGUUUUUUUUGUUUUUUUAAAUUUUAUUGUGAUGAUGGAUGACAUUUUUACAUAGGUUUUUACAUCUUUUAGUAAAUGUAAACAAUUCCCAAUAUAAUUUUUUUUUUUUAUCUGAUAUGAAUAUUGUAAGCGAUGUGCCAAUGUUUCUUUGGGUUACGAUCAGUCAGGUUUUUUUUAUGAUCCGCCUCCACUUCCCGUCCCCUGAAAAACUUCUAAUAUUUCUGCCAGAAUAAAUGUUUUAUAACAUU